AUGACGUAUGAUGAGUUCGUUGAGGUCUCAGCCUCUCUCGGCACAAAUGUGACUUGGUAUCAUUUCGAGGGGCGACUUCCCGAUGUCAUCAUCAAGCGUAUCCGUCACUUGAAAAAGAAUUUCUCUGAGUCCAGGGUCAGUGUGGAGCUGGAAAAGCCAGCAAGAGAAGGGUUCCAGGAGCUUGCUCAUGAAGCAGACGUCGUCUUCUAUUCGAAAAGCUGGGCAGCUGUAAGUAAUCACCUUGGAGCUAGGAUUUAUUGA